AACAAGUUGGCCAGGAGGCGGCUGUCAGGCAGCCGUUUACUCCAUCGUGUUUCCAGCGGCAGGUGGUCACCGCGCGUCCGGCAUAUAAAGCGUAACCGCAGUUUGUGAAUGGGAUUAUGAGCACAGAGCCUUCAUAGCACCUUGUUGUGAUGGACGGAGUACAAUAACUUCUCUGAACUUGCUACUUCUCCUUUUAUUUUCUCUUGAACGCGGAAAGUAAAGAUUGAUCAUUUGGUAUUGGGUAUAGUGUUUUUGACGGGCUGCGCGUCUCUGCGUGCCUUCUGAUUUUUUUUUUUUUCAGACUGAAUUUUUGGUCAUUAUAAAUAAUGGCUUUCGCUAGAUUCAGCAAAAUACUCCGUCUGCCCGUCAUUGAGAUCAAAAAGAAAGUGAAGCAGUACGAUCACGUUCAUCGGGACAUCAAUCCUAACGAUUUAUGGGAAAUUAUUGGCGAGCUGGGCGACGGUGCGUUUGGAAAGGUCUACAAGGCCAGAAACAAGGAGACAGGAGUUCUGGCUGCAGCCAAAGUGAUCGAGACGAAAUGUGAGGAGGAGCUGGAGGACUACAUCGUUGAGAUUGACAUCCUGGCUAAAUGUGACCACCGCUACAUUGUCAAGCUGCUUGACGCGUUUUACCAUGACAACAAACUCUGGAUCAUGAUCGAGUUCUGCCCCGGAGGUGCCGUGGAUGCCACAAUGCUAGAGUUAGAUCGGGGGCUGACAGAGCCGCAGAUUAAGGUGGUUUGUCGCCAGAUGCUGGAAGCUCUGAGCUACCUCCACAGCAUGAAGAUCAUCCACAGAGACCUAAAGGCCGGUAACAUCCUCCUCAUGCUGGACGGGGACAUCAAACUGGCUGAUUUUGGCGUGUCCGCAAAAAACACCAAAACCUUACAAAGAAGAGAUUCUUUCAUUGGAACGCCAUACUGGAUGGCCCCAGAAGUGGUAAUGUGUGAGACAAUGAAGGAUGCUCCGUACGACUACAAGGCUGAUGUCUGGUCUCUGGGAAUCACUCUGAUUGAGCUCGCUCAAAUUGAACCCCCGCACCAUGAGCUCAACCCCAUGAGGGUGCUGUUGAAGAUCGCCAAGUCAGAGCCUCCCACUCUGGAGCAGCCGCACAAAUGGUCACAAGAGUUUAAUGAUUUCCUGAAGAAAGCUUUGGACAAAAAUCCAGAGACUCGUCCAACUGUAGCCCAACUCAUCGAGCACCCUUUUGUGAGAUCUGUGACCUCUAACCGCCCGCUUCGGGAGCUGGUGGCCGAGGCCAAGGCUGAAGUCAUGGAGGAAAUAGAGGACAAUAGAGAGGAAGGAGAGGAGGACGACGUUAUGGAGCUCACUGUGUCUUCAGGCAAGGAGCAAUGCCAGACCAGUCAGACCAGUUUGGAUGCAGACCAGUCUCCAGACCCCCCAAGCCCCACCACAACCACCACACCCUCCCCAACCACAUGUAUACCUACACCAAGGAAGGGGGUUGAGCCAGGUACACCAACAGAGGAGCAGCCAGGCCCCAUCAUGGUGGUUCCUGUUCCUCUACAACGGCAGAAACUCCUUCCAAAUGGUCCAGAGGGGUUAGAUGACAAACUGGCCGAUGAAGUCGUUCUUGAGUCUGAGAAGUCUGAAAGUGAGGCCUCAACUAGGACCUCCAGCUCAGAUUCUGGCAUUGAGGAUGGGAAGAGUUCCCCAACAUUGGAGGAAAAGGUUGCUGUGGAGAUCCCAGAGACAGAACAGCCACCGUCUCCCACUCAGCCCGAGGCAUCUGAGCAACAUGUUGACAUCAUCAUAGACUCAACAGACCCAGAGGUGCCCAAGGUCCAGGUGGCCGAGAAGAAGAGCAACGAUGCGGCUAAUGGAGACCUUCCAACUUUGAGCCAAAGUCCCACUCUCACUCCUACACCCACUCCUGCUCCCUCUUCGGCUCCUACCCCAGUGCCUACACCCCUUUCUGAGCUGAAUGGUAGCCUACCCAAGGGUACCCCAGAGCAGACAUUGACAGGAAGAAACGCAGAUGCUCUCUCACCUUAUAUCAAUGGAGGAAUUAUCAACAAACGGUACUCUUUUUCAGGCAGCAUGGCAUCAGAGAGCAUGGACAUGUCGAUCCACAAGGAGAACGUGUCUGCCAGGGACUUCUCAAGUAAGACUCUGAAGCGAACUAGGAAGUUUGUUAUUGACGGCGUGGAGGUGAGUGUGACCACCUCCAAGAUCAUCAAGGAUGAUGAAAAAAAAGAUGAGGAGAUGAGAUUCCUGAGACGACAAGAGCUGCGUGAGCUCCGUUUGAUGCAGAAGGAAGAGCACCGCGCUCAGGCUGGCCUGAACGCCAAACUGGAAACACAGAAAGAACAAAUGCAGAGACGCUUCGACCAGGAGCUGAAUGCCAAGAAGAAGAUCUACGAUGUGGAGCUGGAGAACCUAGAGAAGCACCAGAAGCAGACUAUUGAGAAGAUGGAGGGAGACCACCAUGUUAAACUCAAGGAAGAGACCAAACGCAUCAAAGCAGAGCAGGAACGCGACUACAACAGGUUCCAGGAUCAGAUAAAACACAAGAAAAAGGAGGUAAAACAAUCUGUCGAUAAACUGCCCAGAAGUCAGCGUAAAGAAUCCUUGAAGCAGAUGAUAAACUCCUUCCAAGAAACUAAGAUAAGAGAGGAGGAGAAAUUCUUGGCCGCUCAGAAGAACCACCUGGACACAUCACUGAAGAAAAUCAUCUCCAACAACAAGAGAGAGAUUGCAGAGAUGGAGAGGGAAUGCCUUAACAAGAAACACCAGCUAAUCCGAGAGCGUGAAGCUAUGAUAUGGGACAUCGAGGAGAAGAACCUUUAUGAGAGGCACCAGUUAAUGAAGCAGCAGCUGAAAGACCAGUACUUCCUGCAGAGGCAUCAGCUUCUCAAAAAACACGACAAGGAGCAGGAACAGAUGCAGUGCUACAAUCAGCGAAUGAUUGAGAUUCUGAAAGGUCGUCAACAGCAGGAGAAGAACCGGCUGCCUAAGAUCCAGCGUAGCGAGGCCAAGACCCGCAUGGCCAUGUUCAAGAAGAGCCUUCGUAUCAACUCAACAGGCAGCUCCUCAGAGGACAGAGAGAAGAUCAAGCAGUUUUCUCAGCAGGAGGAUAGGCGGCAGAAGGCAGAGAGACUGCAUCAGCAGCAGAAACACGAGAACCAGAUGAGGGAGAUGAUUGGCCAGUGUGAAAGCAACAUCAGAGAGCUGCAGCAGCUACAGAAUGAAAAAUGUCACCUGUUGAUUGAGAAUGAGACUCAGAGGCUCAAGCAGUUGGAUGAACAACACAACCAGAAGCUGAAGGACUGGAGGGAUCUGCUAAAGCCCAGAAAAAAGGCCCUUGAAGAGGAGCUAAACCUGAAGAAAAGGGAGCAGGAGGCUUUCUUCAGGAUGAGUGAGAGUUCUGAUUGCCCAAACCCAAGUUCUCCAAACAAACUCUCCAAGUUUGUGCCUUACCAAGACUCUUCAACCACAUGAAAACAGCCGCUGUGACGUUGCAUCUUCCGCCGAUUGUUAGCACCAACACAACAUACACUCACCCGUACACCCACAGGCACUACAAUAGCCUGCUGCCUUAGUUUUAAUUUGCUUUGCCUGUGAUGGCAGCAUACUUCUCUCUCCUUUAGGUUCCUUUAAUGUUUUAGUGAAUAUUUAUGUUUUAACUAAUGUUCGAAGAUUUUUUCUUUAAGUAAAGUGCUGUAGUAUUUGAUAGAUAUAAAACUCACCAUGUGCGUCACAUGGCUCGAUUACAAAGCAUCUGCUUCUAUAUUGCUGACCGAUAAACAUGAGGGUAAUGGGAUAAGUGGCUGUGAACAAAACAUGCAGUUUCUAACUCAAUGAGUAAAACAAUAUUGAAUGAAAAAUACUGUUUUGCUGAGAGGAAUUUUAUUUUGUAUGAGGAGGUAGAAUGUGUUUCUAUAAAAGCUGGUGAGCAUCAGCAUUUUUGUUAAAUUAUCAGUGCCGUCUCCCAAAUGUCAUGAUCAAAAAGCACACCCAAAUGUAAUAAUUUACUUACUUGUUCUGAUGUUUUCCAUUUCUUAUGGCUUAAGUCUGCUUUUAUUUAUUUUUACUGACAAAAAAAUGACCUUAUCCCGAAUCAUCACUGUAAAUGCUAAUUUAAAUAUUUUCUCUUUUUUUAACACCCCUGGUUUGAAGGAUGUGCUUAUUAUUUUGUAUCUUGUUUGAAAUGAGGGAUGAUGCUAAUCCAGAUCAGAGUGUAAUUGUUUUUUGAAAUGAUUACUUAGGAAUGAGAUUUCAACAGACAAGGCAAGGCUCAUUGUUAUUCAUAUAGCGUUGCUAUUAUGAACUUUGUUUGUUUUUUUCUGUUGCAUUUUUACUGUAAAUUCAGUCACUGGAUGGGAACCAACAAAGCCAAAGCCAAAUACUGUUAUUUGAAGGAUGUUAGAUAGGGAAUUUAGGAAAACCAAUGUAUAAUUUUUAUUCCGUGUGCAGUUAAUGCACUGCCUGCUAACCAAAGUGCAAUAUUACAUGUAUGUUUUUGCUAAGCUUAAAGAGGUUUUUAUUUUUCUUAAUAUUUGUCUUCCUUUGCACUGAGAGGGGAAAUAAUAUAUAGAGUAUAACUCAAAAACAGAUAUAACAGCCUUUUGAAAGAAACCGCAUUGCUUAAAAAUGAUUCAGCCUUCAUAAUUUCAAGUACUUGAAAAGCAAUAAUUAAAUUUUUCAAAUGCUGAUUUUUGGGACAUGACUCUUCAUAUUAUUUUUAAGGGAAUGCAACAAUUCAGCAUGCUGUUAGAUGCCUCUCGAUGUUUAAUCUUAAAACCUGGCACCUAAGGUUUGCAAAGGAACUGUUGCCUUUUUGAGUGAGAAAGUGUUUUUUUAGAGCAGUUUGGCCAACAUAUUUACAUUGAACUUGGCCAGAAAUCCGGUACAGCUCUCUCCUCUCACUCGGUCUCUCAGAACUAGUUACAAUUGUUGUAAAACGGAUCUUUUCUGUCAUGUUUAUUGGCUCUGUGUCUUUCCUUCCUCUCUGCCUAAGUUUACAUUAUAUUGUUUGUAUGGAGGGUUUGUGAGUGUGAAUGAAAUUAUAAGAAGGAACCACUGUUGUAAAUAACUCUUAAUAAAGGCAGAUUUUAUAAUUA